AUGGCCACGAAGGAUAUCAGCGGCGAUGAGGACUUCAAGAUGUACUUUUAUGAAAACCGAGUGAAGACGUUUGAAGGAUGGCCUUUCGACGAAGACUGCGCGUGCACUCCCGAGAAUAUGGCAAAAGCUGGCUUCAUCCACACUCCUUCAGAAAACAGCCCAGACAUUGCAAUGUGCUUCUUUUGCCUCAAAGAACUGGAGGGAUGGGAGCCAGAGGAUGUCCCAGAAAAGGAACACAAAUCUCAUUCCCCUUCCUGCCACUUCAUCGCCUUGAAGAAGAAAAUGGAAGAACUCACAUUAGAGGAAUUUUUCAAACUCCAGAAGGAGAGACGGAAGAAUAUCAUUUCCAAAACCUGGAAUGAAGCCAUCAACAAGUUUGAGGAGGCUUCCAAAAAGAGGAGAGCAGACAUCCUGAAGACCGCUAUGGGGGAAGAGUGA